CGUGUUUUUCAGGCCACUUUUUUUGCUUUUUUACUGCUGGCUGAUCAACCCAACAAGCAGGAAUGGCAGGGGACCCAGGAAGAUGCAUCAUUGGACCUCCGCACUGUGGCUUGGACAACUUACUGGAAGGAGAGUCUGCAAGUGUCCGGCAGCAGAAGUUGGCUAUUCAGCGGAACCUUCUGGAAAAAAAGCAGCGACGUAAGCGGCAGGAAGUGCAGAUGGUGAAGGCAAAUCCUGAAAUGCAGGCAAAAUUGAGAAUGCUGAGGAUAUCAAAAGAAAAGGAGUCUCCGCAUGUAGAGCUAAACUGCCAAUCUACUGCUGCGUCAGGAUCACCUUCUGAAGUGGUUCCAGCCAUGGAUGAGGUGGAUACCACACUAGAAGAGAUUCCACUUUCAGACUUCAGUAUCUCUGCCAACACAAUCCUUGAUGACCCUCCCAGAAUCUGGAGAAGCAAGAAUAAAGUGCCAAAGGAGGAGGAAGAAGAUGUGGAUAAAGACUUACACAUUGAAAAUGGAGGCUUAAGGCGGUCAAAAAUCCUCAGUAAGAAGAGGGAUCUCCCUGCUGUAAAGACAGAGAAAAAACAAAAAGGGAAAGUUGCAUUGGGUGUAAAGAAACAAGAAAGGAAAACUGUGCCUCCUGUUGGCAAGGUGGGCAAGAAGUAUUCUGCUUCAAAAAAAACAAAAAGGCUAAGCAAGUCGGGGAGCAGAGAGUUGCUAACAGCAACCUCUCUCAGCCCUGCUUCGUCAGAGAAUGCUGUGGAAGAGAUUGGAGAUAAGCAGACGUAUUUAAGUUCAUCAAGCAGGGAUGACGAAGAUGAGGAUGAGGAUGAAGAGAGCACAGACAAGGAGGGUAGUCCUUAUCCUCAGUUUAAUGUGAAGAGGAGAGAUAGGAAGACAACUUCAGUACAGGCACGGCAACUGAGUGACAGCUUUACUGAUGAGAUGGAGGAGGAGGAGGAACCUGAUGAUGAUGAGAAGGAGGAGAAGGAUGGCCAGGAGGACUUUCAAGAGAAUUCAAGCUUGGCCCCCUUAAACAGCAAUCUACGACAGGGCUCAACAGACAGUAACAUCUCUUUAAAGGACCCACCACUGGAUAUACACGACCUACAGGAGUUUGCUCUGCGUCCGGCACCGAAGGAUGUUACAAUUCAAUGUCGGGUUACCAGAGAUAAAAAAGGAGUGGAGAAAGGGAUGUUCCCUACGUACUAUCUGUACCUGGAACGUGAAGAUGGCAACAAGGUGUUCUUAAUGGCAGGCAGGAAGCGCAAAAAAAGCAAAACCUCCAACUAUCUGGUGUCCACUGAUCUCACUGACCUGUCCCGGGAAGGAGCUGGCUACAUUGGUAAAGUCAGGUCCAAUGUUCUUGGCACAAAGUUUACUGUUUAUGACAAUGGUGAAAAUCGAAACAAGAAGCCAUUCAUCAAAGAAGUGGAGUCGGUGAGGCAAGAGCUGGCCACUAUCUGCUAUGAAACCAAUUUGUUAGGGCUGAGAGGUCCGAGGAAGAUGACCAUUAUCGUUCCAGGUCUGGAUCACAAUGAUGAGAGGGUGCCAAUCCGUCCCCAGAAUGAGCAUGAGAGCUUGCUGGUGCGCCACCAAAAUGGGAACUGGGAUAGCCUGAUUGUGCUGCACAACAAACCUCCCUUCUGGAACAAGGAGACCCAAUCUUAUGUCUUAAACUUUAAAGGACGUGUAACGCAAGCCUCUGUGAAGAACUUUCAGAUUAUCCACAUGCAAGACCCUGAUUACAUUGUGAUGCAGUUUGGUCGUGUGGCUGAAGAUGUCUUCACCAUGGACUACAGGUAUCCUCUUUGUGCACUGCAAGCCUUUACCAUCACACUCACCAGCUUUGACAUCAAGCUGGCCUGUGAAUGACCUGCAGGACAUAU